AUGGCUGCAGCUGCAGCCGCCGCCGCCCCGGCCAGCGAUUCGCUGCGGAAUUCGGGGGAAAGCGAAGCAAAAAGUGGCAAAACUGCAGCAGCAGCAGCAGCAGCAGAUCGCAAGUCUUUUGAUAAAGAACAGAAGCAAAAAAAUGAAGCUUUCUGGAGAAACUUGCUGCAGGAAAUCGGGGUGCAGCAGCAGCAGCCGCCGCCGCCGCCCAAGACUUGGAAAGACAAACUUGCCUGCUUUGGCUUUGUCUGCUUAGCGGCGUUGGUGGCCUCAGAAUUCGGCUAUCGCAUGUACAUGGACUACAACUACGGCUUUGAAACAAUUGACACUUCUGACGCGCAGAUGCUAAAAGAGGUGAUGUUCGGAGGGAAGCCGUGGAUGGUCUUAUGCAGGUGGCCCCACAAGCGCUCGAAGGUCCCGGACGCCAUCAACCGGAGCCGCAUCGAGUUGCUCAAAGUGUUGCGGAUGGGCCGGCUAGACUGUGCAGCGGCGCUGCCGAGCGGAGUGCGCUUCGCCGAGCGCUUCCGCAUCCCCAGCAGCAGCGAGGGUUUUGUGGUGGCCAACGGGAAGGCCCCGCGGCUGCUGACGGCGUGGGCGCUGCAGUCCGCGGAGCAGCUGCUGGCCUACGUGCAGCGACACGCGAAACUCGACUUCCGCAGCGUCGACGACAACGGGUCUUUGGGCCGGCGCUGCUUGCUGCCGGCGGGCUCGCGGUGUUUGUUUUUGCUGCGCUAUAAAGGCAUUUCCACCACCGAAAGAAAUAAACAAAUCCAAACACUCUUUGCAAACAUCCACCCUGCAGUUCGCAAACUCAAGUUCGCCGUUCUGGACUCCCACAAACACCAGCUGAACCUGCAUGGCGCAGCUCCUCUUGCUGCUGCUGCUGAUCCUUCAGAGACGCAAAUUGUUUGCUUCCUUAAUACCACAAAAAGAGAGCAGCAAGAAGAGCUGCGGAGGAAAGAUGAUCUUUCCAAACACUCCUUCGCUGUUUCUGUCUUUGAAGGUUCUUUUCAAGACACUGCAGCAGUUCAGGCCUUCGCCUCGCGCUGCGCUUCUGCUGCUGCUGACACAGAGGGCUUCGUCGCCAUGCAGCAGCACCCCACAGUGCGCCGAGUGCAGCAGCAGCAGCAGCAGCAGCAGCAGCAGGGGGAGGACCAGAAGCAGCAGAAGAAGCCGAAGAAGAAGCAGAAGAAGCAGAAGCGCAAGCGGCAGCCGAAGCAGCAACAGCAGCAGCAGUAG